GCAUUUCCCCAUUUCUGAUGCUAUCAGGCGUUCUUGGCCCCAGCUGCGCGAGGCAGAGGUGCAGAACUUUUCCCCGGGGAUCCUGGGCACUGGAGCGUUAUUAUGCUAUUAUGCAAAUACAUGAUAAACACGCAGCAUACACUAGCAGGAAGUUUGUCCCUCACAGUGCACACGGGAUGACACAGUAACUGUAGCCCUUGGGCUGGAAAUGUUAGGGCAGAAAAAUAAUUUAGAAAAAGACACGUUACGAUCGUGGAAAGGAUACCUUCGUGAAAAGACUGGGAGAACUUAUCUUAUGGGAUGGGGUGCGCUGGCUCAGGGCCCCUAAAUCCAAAGUCUCCGCGGGCCGGUGCAGCUCAGCCAGAUAGGGACCGGUACAGCUUAGACCCCACAGCCCGCAACCAGAAAGGGCUUUUACCAGGCCAGGUUCUACACAACAAAAAUGAGCCAAAGGGUGAUAAGGUGGUGACUGCUCUGUACUCAUAUGAAGGCAGAAAUAAUGGGGAUCUUCCAUUUAAGAAAGGGGAAAGAAUGAAGAUCCUGUCAGAGGAGGGGGAGUGGUGGACGGCAAAAUCUCUGACGACUGGAAAGGAGGGACUGAUCCCAUCCAAUUAUGUAGCUGCCGCUGAGAGCUUGGAAACCAAAGAAUGGUUCUACAAAGAUAUCACUCGAAGAGAUGCUGAGAGGCAGCUACUCGCUCCGGCCAACAAACCAGGAGCCUUCCUCAUCCGAGAGAGCGAGACCACAUCAGGGACGUACUCUUUGUCAGUAAGAGACAUAGGAGAAGACGGUUCUGACAUAAUCAAACAUUACAAGAUUCGUAACCUUGACAGCGGCGGCUUCUACAUUUCCCCUCGCGUCACGUUCGUAGACCUUACCAAACUGCUCCAGCACUAUAAAGGAGAACAAGCGAAUGGACUCUGCCGGAAGUUGGGACAUCCCUGUGUGAAGCCGUCAGUUCAGGCUCCCUGGGACAAAGACGCCUGGGAGAUCUCCAAGGACACGCUACGGAUGGUGAAGAGACUGGGGGCCGGACAGUUUGGGGAGGUGUGGCUGGCGAUGUACAACAACACCACGAAGGUGGCCGUGAAGACCCUGAAAGAGGGCACCAUGACGGUGGAGGCCUUCAUGCUGGAGGCUGAUCUGAUGAAGGGCCUGCAGCAUGACAGGCUGGUCCGCCUCUACGCCGUGGUGACCAAGACACCUCCCAUCUUCAUCAUCACCGAGUUCAUGGCCAACGGGAGUUUAUUAGAUUUCCUCAAGAGCCCAGGAGGGAAGAAGGUGCUUCUGCCCAAACUCAUUGAUUUCUCUGCACAGAUUGCGGAGGGGAUGGCCUACAUCGAGCAGAAGAAGUACAUUCACAGAGACCUGCGUGCAGCAAACGUCCUGGUGUCUGAGAGUCUGCUCUGUAAGAUCGCCGACUUUGGCUUGGCGCGCAUCAUCGACGAUGACAUGUACACAGCCAAAGAGGGAGCCAAGUUUCCCAUCAAGUGGACAGCUCCUGAGGCGAUCAACUACGGCUCGUUCACCAUCAAAUCAGACAUGUGGUCAUUUGGCGUUCUGCUGUUUGAGAUCGUCACCUACGGGAGAAUGCCCUACCCAGGCAUGAGCAACAGUGAGGUGAUGACCCAGGUCCAGCGUGGGUACAGAAUGCCCUGCCCAGAGGGCUGCCCUGCUGAGCUCUAUGAGAUCAUGGGGACCUGCUGGCGCCCCAAGGCCGAGGACAGACCCACGUUUGAAUACCUACAGAGUGUGCUGGAGGACUACAACACAGCCACAGAGGGUCAAUACCAGCAGCAGCCAUGAGAGGGCAGGAGAGAGACAGAAGUGUGUUCAGAGCUAUGUUCAACUUCGUGUCCGGACGAUAGUAGUGAUUGCACUGGCGCCAUACCUUUUUUUUUUUAAAUAUAUAUAUCUGAGGUUCUGCUUGUUACAAUAGUGGUAUCUAGUAACAGAACAGCACAUAUCACAAUUAGACUUUGGAGAUCCAAAAUAGCCAAAUUAGCAAAAUAGUCAGUUUUACAUUAUUCUAUAUUUAAUAACUCUGCUUAAUGUUUGUAUAAAAUUUGAAAGCUGCCUAUUAAAAAGUCUUCCCUUUUAUCAAAGGAA